CAUCGUCGUUUGGGCGGUGCACUUUUAUCUCACCCGACGCGUGCGACUACAGAGAGAGAGAGAGAGAGAGAGAUUCAUCAAAGCGUACGCGAACCAAGAGACUACUUCCAUUUUGAUUUCCAAGGCAUCUAACCUCUGAAUCCAUCCAUCUACAUUUCUCAACUCAUCGGAGCCUUGUUCUCUCUCUCUUUCUCUAUCUCUCGAUUGCUCGUUUCUCCUGAAAAAAUGGCAAAUGCAACAUCAGGGAUGGCUGUGCAUGAUGACUGCAAGUUAAAGUUUCUUGAAUUGAAGGCAAAAAGAACCUACCGCUUCAUAAUAUUCAAGAUUGAAGAGAAGCAAAAGCAGGUUGUUGUGGAGAAGGUUGGUGAUCCAAAUGAAAGCUAUGAGGACUUCUCUGCAAGCCUUCCUGUGGAUGAAUGCCGAUAUGCUGUCUAUGAUUUCGAUUUUGUGACUGAGGAAAAUUGUCAAAAAAGCAGGAUUUUCUUCAUUGCUUGGUCGCCUGACACAUCACGGGUGCGAAGCAAGAUGAUUUACGCAAGCUCCAAGGAUAGGUUCAAGAGAGAGCUUGACGGUAUUCAGAUAGAAUUGCAAGCAACCGAUCCUACUGAAAUGGGUCUUGAUGUCAUUAGGAGCCGAGCAAGCUGAAUUUAAUUUCAUGCUUGGAAGACUUCUCAACCAUCCUGCUUCACCAUGUGAAAUGUUUAUAGUUUGUGGAACCUAGAACUUCACUAGAUAUGGUAUUCACUUGGUGAUGGGUCUUUUCUCCAUGAAGAAUCUCCCUAUCCAAGUAUAAAUUGUGAUUGUUAUUUGUGAGAGAUUCUGCAGUAUCUUCUCUUGGUAUGGUAAUUUUAACGAACUGCUACCCGAAGGUUGGUAGGCAUGGUUUCUUGCUUUA